AUGGCGAUCAUAUCGGCAUUCACAAUCAUUCGGGCGAUCUCGCUCUUCCAUCUCACAGCUGCCUACUUCUUCCUGGCGGCACCCAAGAUCAUCUCCGACCAAAAUGUGGUCUUCAUGUUGGGAGAAUCCAUGAGACUCGUGGGUCGAGACACUCUCACCUCUACAGCACUUCUACAGCACUUCUGACUCGGGCACAGAACCAUGCGGGAUCUCUUGAGAAGCCAAGCGAAGCGUCCGCAUUCAUCGGCGUGCUCCUCGCCUUCAUCGGCCUCGCAGAUUUGACCGCCGCUUCCAUGGAAGAGGCCACCGCGAUUGAAUACUGGUUGUCGAAUGUGCCGGUACGACUGGCGUUCCUCUUCUCCCUGACGGGAUAUGUCUUCCUGUGCAAGGAAGACGGCAUCUUCGGCUCCAGCUCCAGCUCGAUUGGCAAGAUCUCCCUCGGCGAGCCACUCCAAAACAGUCUCGUCUUCACCUUUGGCUUCUUCGAGAUCGCCGCCUGGUUUUGGGUAUGCUCUCCUUGCUCUUGAUGUUCUUCAUAAUGAUGCUGGUGGAUGGCUGACGUGUUGCCAGACAUUCACUAACCUGCGCGAAGAGCGACGCGAGUUGGCGCGCAAGCGGCUCGAGGAGAUGAAGGCGCAGCAAGACAGGCUCUGA